UUGGGCUACAAUGAGUUGUGUGAGUUUCACAAAAAUGGGAUUGUUGAAUGGGAUGAUGUCCAAAAAGUGCCGUUUUUGUACGAGGAUACGCUUUGGGUUGGGUUUGAUGACCCGAAAUCGGUGGCUUUGAAGGCUCAAUAUGCGAAAGAUAAUAAUUUGGGUGGGGUUAUGAUUUGGUCGAUUGAAACUGAUGAUUUGCAUGGUACUUGUGGGGGGAGGAAAAAUGCACUACUACAAGCCGUCAACGAUGCGAUGAAAACAUAGUUUCAAAUAUGUAAAAUAAAAUAUAAAUGAAAACUUUAGUUUUC